GUGUUCCAGAUGUUAAUGGUUGCAUAACCAGGAGCUAAAUUCUGCAAUUCAUUCAGAUAAAUAGGGGCUGCAGUGGCUUUAAAAUUUUAGUUUCAUCUGUGUAUGAAAAAAAUUGAUUUCAACAAAAUGAGAUACCUAGCAGCUUUGAUUUUUGUAGUCUGCGCUGUGGAGAUAGCUGUUGCCGUUGAAUACUGCGGUAAGUCCCCUUGCGGAGAAGGCCAAUGCUGUACAGGAUCAUCUUUCCACAGAUUUUGUGGAUAUUUUGUUUUUUGUUUUUGUUUUUUGGCUGGAGAAGGUGAACUCUGUGAACAACCAAACAGUGACGAAUAUUACACCAUGGCUUGUCCUUGCAAAGCUGGUCUGAUCUGUCUUGAUAAUAACAGAUGUGAGAGGUCGUAGUCGACAAGUAAGAACGGGUUUUGGAUUUACUGAAAGGGAAUCAACAUGUUAAACUGCAUACCAACAGUGUUAUUCAAUGUUGAAUAAAAAUUAAAUAAGAAAUGAA